AGACGAGACAAAGCCCUUUACUAGACGAGGUGUUUUAUCAACAAUAAACAGCCUUUAUGAUCCAUUAGGCUUUGUAGCACCAGUAACAAUGCAGGGAAAGUCCAUUCUGCGUGAACUUAUGGCAGAGAAUGGAGACUGGGAUGCACCAUUGCCCUCAGAAAUGGAAGAGUCCUGGACCCUGUGGAAAGACUCACUUAAAGAACUGUCCAACUUGACCAUUCCCAGAGCAUACACAGAAAUUUCUCCCUCAACAACUACAAAAAAAGAGUUGUUGGUAUUUUCGGACGCAUCUACUAAGGCUAUAGCUGCAGUGGCCUAUUUAAGAGUAACAGAUGCAGCUAGGAACUGUGAAGUAGGCUUUGUUUUAGGUAAGGCAAAGUUAGCACCACGCCCAGAUCAGACCAUACCAAGAUUAGAGCUUAGUGCUGCUGUGUUAGCAGUCGAGCUUGCAGAUCUUCUCACUGACGAAUUAGGCUUUGAAAUAGACUACACUGCAUUCUAUACAGACAGUAAAGUAGUUCUAGGUUAUAUCCACAACGAGACAAGAAGAUUUUAUGUCUACGUGGCUAACCGUGUUACGAGAAUCCGCAAAUCUUCUCAACCAAGCCAAUGGCAUUACGUACCGAGCAGCCAGAACCCAGCAGAUCACGCCACACGUUCUGUUCCUGCUUACCAGCUACCCCUUAGUAACUGGCUCACUGGCCCUGACUUCAUGCUCCAAGAUCAAAGUCCCUCAAAUGACUCUUUUGAACUUGUUGAACCUUGCACAGACUCUGAUGUCAGACCACAGGUGUCUACACUCAAAACCACAAUCUCAACCAAACAACUUGGCUCUGACAGAUUCAACAAGUUUUCGACAUGGAAGUCUCUCAAGCGUGCUGUUUCGAGACUAAUACACGUCAUACAUAACUUCAAAUCACUGCCAAGCAAAAUCAAUCACUGCCGUGGUUGGCACUACUGUGAGACAGGACUCACUGUAGACGAGUCAAACCAAGCCCAAAACAUAAUCAUUCAAGCAGUACAACAGGAUGUGUAUGCCAAGGAAUUGAAGUGUGUGCAAAAACACGAUAAACUACCCCGAACCAGUCCUCUCAAGAACCUAGACCCCUACCUGGAUGAAAAUGGACUUCUUAGAGUAGGAGGUCGCAUCUGUGAUUCAAACUUGAGCCCAGGUGAAAAGAACCCACUCAUAGUUCCUGGCCAACACCAUAUUGCAGCUCUUCUCAUUAAGCACUACCACGAGCAGACCCGACACCAAGGUCGCCUUUUCACAGAAGGAGCUGUUCGCUCUGCAGGAUGGUGGAUUGUAGGUGGCAAGAGAAAGGUGAGCACAAUCAUCUAUCAUUGCGUAACCUGCAAAAGACUUCGUGCCCCUAUGAGUACACAAAAAAUGUCGAACCUCCCUCCAGACCGUCUUACAACGGACCCCCCAUUCACUAAUGUGGGCUUGGAUGUUUUUGGCCCAUGGAUUGUGUCUUCACAGCGCACAAGAGGAAGUAUCAUCCAAAAUAAAAGGUGGGCUGUCUUAUUCACAUGCUUGAGUAUUAGAGCAGUUCACAUUGAGGUGAUAGAGUCUCUCGAUACCUCUAGCUUUGUUAAUGCAUUCAGACGGUUUCUGGCAGUAAGAGGACCUGUAAAAAGCAUUCGUUCUGAUAGAGGUACCAAUUUUGUCAGCGCAUGUAAAGAACUGAAGAUCCCCUCAAAUUUAGACAACACAGCUGUACAAACCUACCUUAAAGAUCACGGAUGUACAUGGACUUUUAACCCUCCACACGCUUCCCACUUUGGCGGGUCAUGGGAAAGAAUGAUUGGACUUGCCCGGAAAAUAUUGGACACAAUGUUUUUCCAGCUCAAGACCACUAAACUCACUCACGAAGUUCUUGUCACCUUUAUGGCAGAAGUGGCGGCUAUUAUAAACGCAAGACCCCUUGUCCCUGUUUCAUCGGACCCAUGUGACCCUUUCACUUUGACUCCGGCCACUCUUAUAACCCAAAAGGUAACCCCUCUUAAGGCUCCAGUUGGCAACUUUACAGCGUCAGACCUCUACAAACAUCAGUGGCGCCAAGUCCAGCACCUGUCAAACACCUUCUGGGACAGGUGGAAGAAGGAGUUCCUUCCCACUCUCCAACCACGUCGCAAGUGGCAUUCCAGUCAACUUAACGUGAGCGUAGUUUCACCCUUUUGAAUGUCAUUAAACCUGCUGACAACGCUCA